AUGGGCAGUCUGAGCAGACCGAGCUGCCGACGGUGACAGCUGAGCUGAUUUCAGUCAGAGUGGGAGCUUGAAGAAUUGUCUUUGCAGAGAUCAGAGCUUUUGCAGAGUCCCCUGCUGAGCAUGGAAGUUGAAUGAAUGAGCUCUUCUGAGUGUGUGUGGUGCUGAAGUGGGUCAUGCGGACCGCUGGAGGAGCGACAGAUAAACACUGCUUGGCAGCUUGAGACGGUGGGCGCUCAGAGAGGAGGGACCCCCACUCCUCAUCUCAGCAUCCUAUAGCCUCAUCUGAGCUUCAGACGUGGUUUUCAUCUCAUCUGUCUUCAAAAGAGAGAGCCUCAACCUGAAGAAGAGCAUCUCCAGAAACAGGGCAAGCAUCACCUCGAGCGGGCAGCAUCCAGCACAAAGACGGACCGGGGAUCAAGCGUUGGCAGCUGCGAAACUUCAGAUUUAUUUUUUUUCCCCUCAUGAAAUUUGUGCAUAUUUUCUGAAAGCCAGUAACUGAUCGAUAUCUACAAAAAGACCAUUGCAUUAGUCUCCAUCAAGAGCCAGAGGAGCGAGCAGAGCGCAGCGGCUCUGCUGGUCGAGCGGAUGCAGGACCAUGGAGGAGAGAGACAGGUCGCCAGCAGUCUGCCCCACAGCGUCAAGGCGAGCCUGUCUCUUUCUCCGUCCGGACCAGGACGAGCAGGUAGCGGCGGAGGUUCUCCUACGUCCAAAAUGGGCUUCUGCGGAGGGGUGCCGGUGGAGGACAUGCAGGCCCUGGCCAUCACCUCUCUGUCAGCAGCAGAUGUAGCCAAACAGUACGAGCACAUCAGCGAGCUGGGGAAGGGCACAUAUGGCAAGGUGGACCUGGUGGCGCACAGGACACAGGGCACCAAAAUGGCUCUGAAGUUUGUUACCAAGAACAAGACGAAGCUCAAAAGUUUCCUGCGGGAAUACAGUCUAACCGGCUCGCUUAGCUGCAGCCCUUUCAUCAUCAAAGUGCUGGACGUGCUUUUCGAGACGGAAGACUGCUAUGUGUUUGGACAAGAAUACGCCCCCGCUGGAGACCUCUUCGACAUCAUACCACCGCAGGUGGGCUUGCCAGAGGAAAUGGUUAAACGCUGCAUGCAACAGCUUGGCCUGGCGCUGGACUUCAUGCACAGUAAAAACUUGGUGCACCGGGAUGUCAAGCCUGAGAAUGUGCUCUUGUUUGACCGCGAGUGCCGCCGCAUCAAGCUGGCUGACUUCGGCAUGACCCGACGCGUGGGCUGCCGUGUGAAGCGGGUGAGUGGCACCAUCCCCUACACAGCCCCCGAGGUGUGUCGCGCCAACCGUGCAGAGGGUUUUCUCGUGACCACCAGUCUGGAUGUGUGGGCAUUUGGUGUGCUGGUCUUCUGCAUGCUGACGGGCAACUUCCCCUGGGAGGCAGCGUUGCCAGCCGAUGCCUUCUUUGAGGAGUUUCGACGCUGGCAGAAAGCAGGGUGUCCAGUGGGAACGUACCCAUCUCAGUGGCGCCGCUUCACUGACGAUGCUUUGCGAAUGUUUCAGAGACUGCUCGCCGCCGAUCCAGAAAAGCGCUGCGGGGUCAAGGACGUCUUCUGCUUCAUCAAGUACGAGCUGGUCAGCGAGCUUAGACGCAGGGCAUCUUACAGAGCAAAGAGAGGAGAGAGGUCCAGCUCUGGAGUCUGCACCGGGAGCUGCACCUCCUCCUCAACAUCCACUUCUUCUCGUUCUUCCCACAGACACUCUGAGCCCUCCACCCCUCCGGGAACUUCCUGUCUGCGCCCAGCGCCUCUCAAACGUAGCGUCCUCUCCGACCCGCUCUCUCCCAGAGAGGAGUCUGGACAGCACCAGUCUCCUGGUCGAGACAAGAACAAAAGCCAGAUGGUGAUGGCAACAGCCAUAGAAAUCUGUGUGUAACCACAUUUAUGUUAUUAGAAGAAACCAGAUGGCUUUUCACACAUAACAAGCUGUGAAGAGGUGUUAAUGACCGCCACAGAGCACCGAGUGAAGAAGGAGAGGUACUUAAACAAUGAAAGGGAGCCAGGAUGCCAUCCAAGCUUUGGAAAUGGACAUCAUCAAUCAGUGGCACACACUUGGACAGCUUCUUCCUGAUUUUCAAUGCCAUGUAGGUUCUUAUGUGUGACCAAAGACAGAGAAGCCAUGCAGGUAGCGUUUAAAAGUCCACUGAUUCUCCUCUGAAAGCUGCUCAUUCCACAAACCUGACUUUUGCAUUUUCUACCCAUACACUGUGGUGGUGCUAAUGAGCCUAUACAUAGAUUCACUCCGUUUCUCUACUUCAGUGUGUUGUUAUCUCUGAAUUUUAGCACCUGAAAGACAAAAUUUAAUCUGAUUAUACAAUGAAAGAAGAUUGCGAUUAGAUGUAAACUGUUUGACUGCCAUUUCUCAGACUUCCUGCCAUCUUCCAAUGGAUAAACCACUUUAAACUCAUUCAGGAUUACACCUGAGAAAAGAAAAGAAACAUUAAUGUAGCAGUUUGCGUGAGAUGUUUGUUCCUUGUAGGUGUCUAGGCCGAGAGACAGAUUUUCACUUACGACAUCAACUCAGGAAAUUUCAAUGGAUCACUUCCUGUUGAAUCAUUAAAGGUAACCCACGUUGUGUCUGGAGGACACUUUUGAACAGUUCUCCGCUGCAUCCAUUUCCAGUUAAACACGAGACAAUACAGGGACGGGCAUUUUUCUGCCUAAAGAGGGUGAACAAGGAAGAGGUGGAAAAAAAAGUGAUUUUUAUUGUUUGUUUUCUACCUGCUGUGUAUGUGUGCGUGUGCACAUAUGUAUGUGUUUAUAUGUGUGGAUGUGUGUGAGUUUUAGACAUGUAUAUGUGUUUCAAAUGCUAAAGCACACGAUUUUUGUAUAGGACGAUGACUCUUAGAGAGGUCUACGACUAUAUUGUAAAUAUAUUCUGUAAAUAUAUAUACAUAUUUAUAUAUAUUUCUCAAAGUGUACCAGGUUACCAGGUAGUUCAAAUAUGUAGCUGUACUAAUUUUCUAUAACAGGUUAUGGGAUAAUGAGGUUUUUACAGAUGUUACGGGGGCAAUGCAUUCUAUGUAGCAACAAAAUAUAACAGAUUGUACAGUCUAUUACAAAAAGUAAUGUGUAUAAAUAUAUAAUCCAGAGCCAGUGACAUUUUAUAAAAUAGUAGCAGCUGUUUUUUGUUUUUUCUUAUUACUUUGUGGCUUUUGUUUUUGUCUUACUUGAAUCAAGUGUUCUUGUACUAGAAUUAUUGAGCAGAUUCCUGCAAUAAUCUGUGAUCAUUACCUUAUCAUGAGAUUUCCAGAUGUAAUAUGAGAGGUUAACUCACUCACUUAAAACUUAUUGAAGGCUGUCAUCCUUUCAACUCCUUCCCAUCCAUCAGUUCAGUUCAACUGAAUUGAUAAAUGGUCUUGCACCUUUUUAAUCUCAUCCAGGUCUGACAAAGUGCUUUCGUUUCUCAUUUAUCCCUGAACACUGACACCCUUACACUGCAGGGCUUCUAUUAUAUAUUCACUUUACAUAUGGUGGCACUUUCCUUUUUACAAUCAUACAGAAGAGAGCACAGUGGGGUGCAGUGAGUGUUGUUCAGUGUCCUGCUCAAGGAUGCUUGACGGAACUAGACAUCAAUCCAGCAACCUUCUAAAUAUAGGACAAGCAACUCUACCCACUGUGCCACAGCUGCCCCAUCAGUUCAGUUCAGUCCAAUCCAGAUAUCAUGUAGAAAAACGGUCAUUCAGUAUUAUAAAGUAACUAUAAAAAAUUAAUCUGGAAGAUUAUAGCUGUUGGUGAGAAUGAUGUUCUGUAGCAGUCUGUAUUGCAGCAAACCUGAAGAAGUAUCAACUUUAAUUAUACUAAAUUAUACUCUGUGUGUCAUAUUGAGAAUAUGCAGUGUUGUCUGGUAUGUUUUGCAACUUAUGCAACAUUUGUCAGCUCCAGGGGCUCCAGAGCAGUUCACAGCAUAGUGUCAGUCUUCUGUAUCAGUUUGUUCAGUUUUUAAGAUGCUUUCUCUGAUACUGCUGCCCCAACAGAUGCUUGCAGAUUAAACUGGACUAUCCACUGCGGACAGACAUCAAAAAUAUGCAAGAUCUUGCUGCAAACUCUGAAAGAACCAAGAUUUCCUAAAAAAAAAUCUGCUCUUUCCCCUCUUUUAAAGAGCAUGAGCAUUGCAUCUUCAAUUUAAUGACCGGGUUUCUAUAAUCGUCCACCACCUCCACCUUGUUCCCUUACAAUGAAAAUAAUUCCCAGUUUUGGCAGUCCUCCCCACUCUCCUCUAAUUUGAUGUUAAUGCUUCGGUCUAUCAAUUAAUCCAAAUGUAUUACAUUGAUGGUGGGGCUCAGGUUGUCCACUCAUUCACUCUCUCACAGAAGCUCUACAGUGUAUAUGAUGCUCACCACAUAGAAGACUCAAAAGGGAUGAUUGGACAGUUGAUGAGUCAUCUUUCUACACUAUUUGACUGCCGAAAUGCUCCAUAAUUAUGCACUGGAAAUUCUCAGUUACAUGUCACAUAAUAAUGCAGACAGGAAAGUUAUAAAACCAUGCACAAUCAACAGUUCUCAGCUGUACUGUAUUGGCCUGUACAGGCAAGGACUCUUAUACACGAAUGUUUCCUGCUAAGUCAUUAUCAAAACAAAUCACGUCAAAACAUAUAUCACGACACAUUCCCAAUAUGUUUACUGUGUUAGCUUAUCGACCGACACUUCAACUCGGUUUCAUUACAUAAUUUGCAAAUAAUUCCUGAAAUCCUACGAGUCACAGCGAGAGCAACUAGACAUUUCACCAAUUUGAUGUCACCAGCAUAGAAAAAAACAUGCUGCAGACAUUCUGCUUUGUUGCCUGGAUAAUUACAACAUUUGUUUUCUAAUUUUAGUGUGUCAUGCAAUGUUACAGUGGAACAUUUAAAUGCACUACAAACUUGUGUAUAGUAAACUUUACAGUGAAAAAAGGACAAUUCAAAAAUAGCACAGGUGUUUAUAGUCAGGGAAGAUGAUCUCUGUGUCAGGCGCUGAUGAUUUCCAGGAUGCUGAUUGAUCAUGACGGAGGGACAUCUACAGCUACGGUUUUUAGGAAGAUGCUGCUAAUCAUGAACACAUCUUUCAAGCACAGAAUGUUUGUUGCCGGUGCCUCGCUGUGUGCUCGAUAUCAUUAUUCUUUCCUCUUGAAUUUUGUUGGUAUUUGUCAAACCACAUUUAAUUUUUUCCAUUGUCUUCCCUUGACAGCCCAUCACUUCCAUCGCCAUAGUGACAGUAAUGGGUUCUCAGGUUCAGUUUCUGUCUCCCUCUUGAACGUCAAGUCUAAUUGAAGCCAAAUUAAAAAAAAACCUGUGGCACAACCCCCUGUUAGCAAUGCACAGCUCCCCAGUUGCUAGGGUUAUUAUACAACAUUUCUGCUUAAACAAAUUCACUGCCUUUUUUUGAGCAACUUUAAAGUCUCAUCUGACAGGAUCGAGGAUAAUAAUGGCAGUUUCCUUAUUGAGUUUGUGUCAAAGGAGUGCAUUGUAUCCUGAGAGGUUUUCAGAGUGUAAGGUAACGCAGCGCAACGCAGCUUAUCACAUUAAGGGGAGACACAACUGGUGAACUGAGUGAAAAAAGCAACAACUUUUGAUUAUGCUUCCACCGUAUGUACCACAAUCAAACUUGACAAGUUGACUAUACACAUGAAUACAAUUAUUUUUUUUCUACAACAUAUUUUGUGAAGCAACAUAAGUUAGAUAAUACUGUAUGUAGCAAAAUCUAUUUCAAUGAAAGAAAACUGAAGAUUUGAUUAAAGCACAUUCAAAAUUAAUUUCAACAGCCAUAAGAAUUCAGUGUUGCACAUGUUCUUAAUGCUGCUGAUGUAAAUCAGGCUGCAUCAACAAACCCUUGUGUAAAAACCUCAGCAACGUUUACUGCUACUUAAAUGGAGAUUUCUGACUGAGAAUAUGAAAAAAAGAAGGGAAAAGUUUUAAAAGUUUGUAUUUUAAAAUGUCAUAUUUUGAUAUUUUGAUUAUGAUAAACUGUGUUGGUUACUGUUUUACCCAAUGGAGACAGACUGCCUAUGUGACCAUUAAAUGUCUCCAUGUUGGUUAUAAACAUUGGAUUUUGUUUCUGUGUGUGAUAAAGUUUUAAACAUUUUUUAUUUGAAUUAUGAAAAAUUGGCAUUAUAAAAUUGAUCUGAUUUCAUCUAUUUGUCCAACAGACAACAUUUCUUCACAAGUCUGAAAUAGGACAUAAAAUAGAAGUUUUUUACCCAAAAAAGUGCUUUGCCUGUUGUGUCUCUACUUAAUGUAUUAUAAUAUAACUGAGUUCAUCCAGUUUAAAAAACAAAACUAUAUUGUACAGUGCAAAUUAUAACAAGUUACAAAUGUAUGUCAAAUCAUGUCUUGCAGCAUUAUGAUUUAACAUUAUAUAACGUCUGCAUAAGAAAGACAGUUUUCUGAUUUGAGCGGCUAAUGUUUUGUUCUACACCAGAGCUAAUUUUAUCAUUAAACUAAUAUCAUAAUGUGAUUUUCAUUUUAUUUUGUUAUGGAUUAUUUUGGCAGGAAUUUUAAAGACUACUGUAGGUGUCAAGCUAUGAGUAUUUUUUCUUUUUAAAUUUAAUCCUGGUUUCAUUAACAGUUUUUAUGACAACAAACAUUA